UAGGAAACUACCGACUGAUGAGUGCAGCUACGUAAAGCUGUACGUUAAACAAUUGAGGCAAAGCCUUGACAAGACCACUAGACGUUAUCUACACUGCCUGUUACACGCUAGGGAGAUCAAGUGGGGGUAACAGGAAGGGGGUGAAAGUGGUGGCAACAAGUGACUUAGAGGUGUGUCUGUGUGUAUGCGGGUGUUGGUUGUGACAACAGCAACAACUGGUGAUGCCUGAGGCAGGCAGCAAGUCUCUCCUAGUGCAAGACUCAACACAACACAAGACCUGGAUCACCUUCCCCACAUUACUGUACGAAAAGUUGGGCAAGACGAUGAAAAUAUCAGUGAACAGUGGCAAAAUGGCCAAUUACACAUACCUGUUGGUGCUGGUGCUGGUGGUGACCAUCGUCACACUGCUCAUCAAGAACACCACUCUCAGUCGGGAGCUGCAAAACGGCAUCCUGGCCCACGGAACAGCAAAGAAAGCUUUGCUCGUUGACCUUCAGAACGAGUCGAGUCGUUACAAAGCCACUAGGAGAGAAGUGGAACUCUCCAGGAACAAACUGAGGGACCUCGACAGUAAACUUAAGAGUGCUCAGGAGGAGCUGCUAAAAUCAGCCAGCUUUCUGCAGGACGCUAAUGAUGAUAACGUAAAACUCAAGUCGGAACUUGAAGACAAGACUAAGAUCGUGGAGAAAAUUAACGAGGAGAACAAAGACCUAAAAGCACACUUGGAGGACAAGAAGAUGCACUUGCUCGAAGCUGAGGAGAAACUAAGGACAGCAGAGGAAGAGCUACCCAAACUGAGAAAGACAGUCCGGAAGAUACAAGAGGAGUUACAAGCUGCAAAGUCAGAGUCGCAAUACAAUCUGGAGAUACUAAAGAAAUUCCAAGAGAGAUAUACAAAACUCGUUGAAAAUAAGGGUUCAUCUGCCAUAAAACAGGUGUUUAAAAAAACUCAAGGAUCCAAAUUAAGAGAGGAUGCAAAAAAAACCUACCGUGGGGGGACACGUGUUGCGCUUGCAGCCAAGCAUGACGACGAUAUGAGAAAGAUGAACCGUGACACCCAUGUUGAACAUGAAGGUGAACAACACGACGAUAUAAAAAAGACAAACAGUGAAACGCACAUUGAACAUGAAGGUGAACAACACGACGAUAUAAAAAAGACAGACAGUGAGACGCAUGUUGAACAUGAAGGUGAACAACACGACGAUAUAAAACAGACAAACAGUGAGACGCAUGCUGAACAUGAAGGUGAACAAGACGAUGAAGAUGAGCAGAAGCAGCAGCAGCAGCAGGAAGCUAGUACACCAUUCAUGAGAAACGAAACCGUUGUUAGUCGUCUCAACACUACGAAAACAGUCUUGUCACUUUCACAGCCAAAGAAACAACCACAGGAACGUGAAGAUGUGCGAGAGAAAGAAGAAAGGGCAGUUGAAGAGAAGAGUAAAGAUGAUCCUCAAACAGUGAGCUGGCCAGACAAGAGGAUAAAAACAGACGAUGAAUAUGAAUAUGAAGAGGAGAAACUGGAAAAUGAUAAAGUUGGGAAAAACAAGCUAAGUAAAUAUAGUGACUAGGUAGCCAGCAGCAGCAGCUGUGAUGAGUAACAACCGUCUUCCUCUCAUCAUCUGCUUCGUUUAUUAUUUUUGUUUGCAUAAUUACUGUUUGAACUUCGUUUAGAAAGAUAAUUCACGACUUGAAAAACAUGUGUACUUUUGAUUUCGUCUUUUACACGCCAUUAGUACACUAAGAGAGAGCAAUACGUGUACGGGGCCCAAGACUGUUCAACAGCCUCCCACCAGGCAUAGGGAAAUUACCAAUAGACCCCUGGCUGCCUUCAAGAGGGAGCUGAAUAGAUACCUAAAGUUAGCACCCGGCCAGCCGGGCUGUGGUUUGUACUCUGGACUACGUCCGGUCAGCAAUAACAACCUGGUUGAUCAGGCCCUGACCCACUGGGAGACCUGGUCAAGGACUGGGCUGCGGAGGCGCUGACCCCAGGUAGUACAGUAACAGUCUUGUAUAUGAAUACAGUAAUCCAGGCUAUCCUGUGUAUGAAUACAGUAAUCCAGGCUAUCCUGUGUAUGAAUACAGUAAUCCAGGCUAUCCUGUGUAUGAAUACAGUAAUCCAGGCUAUCCUGUGUAUGAAUACAGAGCAUGUCCUGUGCAUGACUACAGUAACUGUUUUGUGUACAAGUAGUGUCGUGUGGAUGAGUACAGUGCCACUUACACCACUACCCUCCAUACUAUAAGUCAGGGGCUCUUAACAGGGGUAUUCAUACCCCUUUGGAUAUGGGAAUCAAAUAAGGGUAUGGGACUCGAUCUCUCAACAAUUUAAACAAAAAAUUUUUUACAUUAGAAUAUACUAUCAGCUGUUCCGUUCCUAACUCUCCAUAUGUAAAGUAAAAUCAAGGUACUGACAUCUUUUGAAGUCAUACUGGUAUCUAAUAGGACUGGUGAUGGUGGUGAUGAUUUUGACAUUCUGGUGAAGGGGGUAUGGGCACAUAUUGGGCAAUCCACUGGUGGUCUGUAAUUGUGAAAAGGUUAAGAACCCCUGCUAUAAGUAGUAUACUAUGCUUGCAUAAGAAUGGAGGAAUACUAAAGUAGAUCUACUAGCCCAAACUAGGUAGGUUCUUCCCUAAGCCAACAAUUCCUACCCACCCACUUGUUAUUCCUGAUAAGGUAUAUACUAACUGUAGGAUUGUAAAGCCUGCAAAAUUUACGAAAAAAAAAUUAUAUUUUUUUUUUUCACUUGAUUGGAGUUAAUAUUUUCUCCUGAGUGAAUCUAGAGAGAGAGAGAGAGAGAGAGAGAGAGAGAGAGAGAGAGAGAGAGAGAGAGAUAAUCAGUACUAACGACUCACUAGCACAUCACCGUUUAAUUUUUUGCUAGUUAAGAUUUGCAUCGUGUGUAUCGAAAACACGCUUUUAAAUUACACUUUCCUGCGCACCAGUGUCGCAUACAAGUCAUCGUUAUUUUAACGAUGAAGCCUUAAACCCGUCAGGGUCAGAUACGCUUGGAGAAUGGGAGGUGAUGUGGUUUGAUCAGGGGAAGGGGAGGGUAACUUAAGUUCUUGAGAUCAAGACACAUCCUUGAAUAGAUACAAUCAAGAGGGUAUGAAAUAUUUUCUGUAGAAAUAAGGUUGUAAGUUUUUAAAUUUGUAAAUAACACAAAACUUUCAUUAGCAUCCCCAUUUAUUAAUCAGGGAGAAGCGCUAAAUCCGUAGGAGUCAUAGCGUCUGGUAACUAGUAGGCAAUCUCAGUGUUCAAUCCAAGGGAUGAUAAGCACAAUUCCUUGGAUGAAGAGCCCCCUGGUAAUUGUAUGGAUCCCGCCACCACUGAAUUGUUAGAUGAAACGUGAGGACAUACUAGUAUAUAUUAGAAAACGCUUCGGUCCUGGGAUCUUGAUUGGGGUCAUAAUCAAGGUCCCAGGGCCGAAACGUUUUCUAACAUGUUCUAGUGUUCACUUACGUCUUUCUAAACCCCUCUAACGGUACCCUGCUGUAUAGUCCUUGUGGCUUAGCGCUUCUUUUUUGAUUAUAAUAAUAAUCUAACGGUACCCAUUACCGAGAUUUCAUUACACUAACUAUAAACAAUACCAAGACAUACUGAGGAACAAGACACCUAAGAGAAUAUGUGUAAUAUCUGCCGCUUUGUGAGACUCUAACAAGGACUGUUGACAAUGUCCCCCAAGACUCCUGUCCUCUCAGUCACAAGUGGCUUGUUUUUUUUUAUAUUUUAUUUAAAAACCACAGGAUACAGUAGACAUGUAUAUCACAUAAUUGACGUGUUCACAAAACAUGAAACAUUUACAAAGAAAACAAAAAUUCCUUAUAAUUAACAAAUACCAUACAUCAAAAAUUACUACUAUCCUACCCUACUUACGUGCCCUUAACUCAUAUGACUGUAUAUACAAACUUUCUAUGUGCACUAAUGCUUUGGCCUCGCAAUUUAUAUUGUAAUAUUAGCAUUUAAUACACCAAACAUUCUGUAGCUAUUCAUUCCCGAAUUUUUGUAUUUUUGUAUUUAUAACCCCUCAGUAUACAAUAUACUUGUAUAUCAUACACGAGUGACUCAAAUCACAAAAUAUGAAGACACAUAUAAGUGCUACAACAUCCGCAUGACUAACAAAAAACCUCUACAAAACUUUUUUUUUUAAACAGUCUAAAAGAUAAAAUAAAAAAUAAUUAAUUAGCUCCUAAUCUUUCAUAUAAUUAUAAUCUCAUUGGCGAGAGACUCACCGCACUUACAACUUCGUGCAGGCGCAUGCUCCCCCCCCCCCUUUUUCCUUUUAUCUCUCACCACCUAUCCUAAUUACAGGGUUACACAGGCUUAUACUGUGCGUCCAUCAAAAACAAUAUACAUUAAUAUGUCAGCAAGUAUACAUGGCCUUGGGUCCCACGUAGGACAUCAAUACCAUUACCAGUACAGAAUACAAUGAUAUAAUACUGAACAUUAUCAUGGGAAUAAAAAUUCAUCAUGCACAUACAAUAGUCAUAUAAUUAAAAAUAUUGACAUACAGGUUCAUACGUGUUCCGUCCUUAUUUUUUCCGCAAUAACACUAAAGAACAAAACCGGUUGAGGAAUCUUACUCAAUCCCCAUUAUGGACAUUGCACAAUAAAAUUGCUCACUCCUAACCAAUACCUCACAAUUCAUCAUAAUAUUCAUAUGUCAUUACAAACUACACAUAUACAUGGUUAGGUACAUAGAGAAAGAUGCCAUUUAUGUGAUCAUAAAAGUGACGAAGCCUGACACUACAGAGAUCAUGAAUUCAUGAAUAAACACAGCUAACCUAAGUAACAAUUCAAAUUUUGUUGACAGCAAUGAAAUGUACCUGGGUUAAAUGCAACCCAAAACUGUAGUUAACACCGGAUUCCUGUUGGUAACCAACCACUAACUUUUAUACCGAAAAGCAGAAAAUUUUCUACCACAAAGCAACUAUGCAGGGUCACAGCACCUCACAAACAUAAGUUGAACAACGAUCAAGUUAAACUUGGGUUCAAAAUUAACAUCAUUCUGCUCUAAACCCGAGAUCCCAAGAUUUAGUUAUCAUGUUUAAAAGAUUAUCCUGUAUGCAGUGAACAUAACCAUAGGUUUCCAAAUUCAUCAUGCAUCUCCUUCCCACUCAUUCAUAGCCCUCCCACCAUCCACACAACAAAGGAGCCUAAACCAACCUACCCUCAUGCAUCCCCCGGUAGGAGACCAACCCUUUGCCCGCCCCCUGGGUUCAUGAGGAGGAGGCCCCCCACAGUGAGAUACCAGUAACCCUCCGAAAAGCUAAUUACCCACCGCCCCCAUAGACUUGCCUAUUCCUACACAUCGUUCUAUAAAAUCUCGCUUCUAACGCUUUUAUUCUCAACUCUCCCCGAACCUCCCUCAUCCCCCAAGAUACAUGUAAAUAAUCCGUCAUGACAUACAUUAAAGCCCUACCCACAUCACCCGGCACCCCAGUUACAUCCAACAUUAAAGCCCUUAGGAAUGGCCAUUCCCCCCCCCAAAGUCUGAUAACGCUCACCAUCCAUAACCUCACCCCCUCCAAAGAGGGACAAAAAAAUACCGCAUGAAAAGCCGUUUUGGUGUCCCCACAGUGCAAGCAUGAGUCCUCUCUUACAAGACCCAUUUUACACAACACAUCCCUAGAGGCCAAAAUUCCCAUUAGAAAACGAUGUACUAACUCCCGUACCCCCGCUGGUAUUCAAAGCAAGCCAAACUUCCUCCAUAUGCUCAUCCAGUCAUAUGUUGGAUAUACAGCAAGCCCUUGUAAGACACCCGUACCCACCACAGCACCCACCAUCUGUUUGACCUUUAAUUUGGACACCUGUUCUAUUCAAUAAAACCCUCAACAUGUCUUCACAAUACCUCAAAUCCCUUCCACACCACCAUCUUUGUGCAUCCUCCAUUACCCUACCUACCCUGACUCCCCGGUUCCCCCCAGUCCGGAUAUAUCUU